GAUUUCAGCUUGAAGACUCAAAACUUCUUCAAACACAAGAGUCAAGAGAGAGAGAGAGAGAGAGAGAGAGAGAGAGAGAGAGAGAGAGAAUCACCAGGGUUUUUUUGUUCUGAAAAAUGUCGAGCUCUGGUCCGAACGAUGAGGUUGUUUCAAUGGAGCUUCCUGCACCUUCUGGCUGGAAGAAAACGUUCGUGCUAAAGAAAGGAGGGACACCAAAGAAGAACGAGACGGUGUUCACGGCACCAACAGGGGAAGAGAUUACGAACAAGAAGCAGUUAGAGCAGUACCUGAAAUCGCACCCUGGUGGGCCCAAGAUCUCGGAGUUUGACUGGGGAAGCGGUGAGACUCCACGAAGGUCAACACGGAUCAGCGAGAAGGCAAAGUCAACCCCACCACCAGCUGAACCCGAGCCGGUCAAGAAACGUAGAAAGUCGACGUCUGCAAAGAAAGACAAGAAAGAGAAAGAAGAUGUUGAAAUGCAGGAGGGUGAGAAAGAUGACGAGAAGGCGAAAGAAGAGGCUGGUGAAAAGUGUGAAAUACCAGAAAUACCCCUGGCGGAGGAAGUAGCCGAACCAGUCAAUGAGGUAACAAACGAGUCAAAGAAAGAGGUGAAUGAAGAAACAUGUGAAAUACCGAAAGUGCCCCUACCCGAGGAAGUAUCGAACCCUGUAACCGAACAAGUCGACAAACAAGGGUUAAAAGGCGAGGAGGCUGCAAAAGACGUUAACGAGGUAAAAAACGAGCCGAAGAAAGAGGAGAAUGAAGAAACGUGUGAAAUACCGAAAGUGCCCCUAUCCGAGGAAGUAUCGAACCCUGUAACUGAACAAGUCGAAAAACAAGAGUUAAAAGGCGAGGAGGCUGCAAAAGACGUUAACGUUAAUGAAGAAGUGCUUGAAAACCCGAUAACGCCCCCACCGAAGGAAGUAAUUACCGAACCCGCCCUUGAAGAAGCUGUACCUGUAACAGAAGCAGCAGGAGAGACUGCAGCGGAGAAUGGAUGUUCAGUGGCGGAAGCCGCCAGCGAGGUGAAGCCUACAUGGGAGGAGAUAAAGAUUGAGUAAGUGGUGGUGCCGCCAAUGAUGAUCGUUUUUACGAAAGGGGCAUUUCUGUAAUUUGUUAUUUGUAACCUGUCAUAGAACUAGGAAUGUUGAGAACUUAACUUUAGUGACAUUAAAGGGACAUAUUUGACGUUUGUUGUCAUAAUCCGUCGUGAAACCGAGCCUCUUGAAUGCCUUGUGAAUUCUGGGUUACAGAGGUCGUGUUCAUGCAUGUAUCAUUAUCGUGUAAUAGGUAACUCUUUAAUGAGAGCUUUAACUCUUGCCCGUUGUUGGUUUCUUCGGUAA